CUUCCAGGCUGCAGGCGAGGGUGCUGCAGGGGCGGGGGCACAGGACUCAAGGCGGUAGGGCCGAGGACAAGGAGAGGAUUCUUGUCAGGGAGCUGGGCCAGCUGGUCAAGGACAUGAAGAUCAAGUCUGUGGAGGAAACUUAUCUCUUCUCCUUACCCAUUAAGGAGUCUGAGUUAUUGACUUUCCUGGGCACAUCCCUCAAGGACGAAGUUCUAAAAAUCAUGCCUGUGCAGAAGCAGACUCGUGCUGGCCAGCAGGCCAGGUUCAAGGCAUUUGUUGCCAUCGAGGACUACGACAGUCUUGUUGGUCUGGGUGUAAAGUGUUCCAAGGAGGUAGCCACUGCCAUUCGUGGGGCCAUCGUCCUGGCCAAGCUCUGCACUGUCCCCAUGCAGAAAGGCCACUGGGGGAACAAGAUCAGCAAGCCCCACACUGUCCCCUGCAAGGUGACGGGCCUCUGUGGCUCUGUGCUGGUGCAUCUGAUCCCUGCCCUCAGAGGCACUGGCAUCAUCUCAGCUCCUGUGCCCAAAGAGCUGCUGCUGAUGGCUGGGACUCAUGACUGCUACCCUUCUGCCAGGGGCUGCACUGCUACUUCGGUCAACUUUGCUAAGGCCACCUUUGAUGCCGCAUCCAAGACCUACAGCUACCUGACCCCUGACCUUUGGGAGGAGACUGCGUUCACCAAGUCUUCCUAUCAGGAAUUCACUGACCAUCUUGUGAAAAUCCACAGCAGAGUCGCUGUCCAGAGGACUCAAGCUCCGGCAGUAGCCACAACAUAAGUGUCCUCACAGAAGAAAAAUACAAUCAGUAAAACCUGGAAAAAAAAUCAAAAAACAAGAUACAAUGGCACAGAGUAAACAUUCCCAUUCCAAAAGGAAUAGGGAAGCGACUGUAAACCGGUUAGAGACCGAGCACCCAAACUGCACCUCGAAACUCAUUUAUCACAAGCUGCUAACAUUGCAAUUAAACCUGAAUACUAACGUUUUAGGUUAAGAAAAACACUUGUUAUCUGGUCCUCAGUUGCUGGGGCAACUUGGCUAGUCGGCCUACAGACAGGAGUCUGUGCCUCAGCACGGGAGCUGUAGGUUCACCACGACGGGAUAGGGGAAUAGAAAGGAGAAGGGAUCAAAGCAAGACUAAAACCCAGCAGGUCAAACAUGAAUCCCUGGGCUCCACGUCCAGCAUCCAGGUCAUGGGGUGGCAAGAUGUGCGCUUCGAAGGGCUUAUGCAACCCUACACCUACUGUCUUCAUAGCUGCAACCCACGUGCACUCUCUCAGGCUGGCUCUGCUUGGAGCCUGCAGAUUUCUUUGGGAGAUGUUCCAUGUUUCUGGCAUCUCUAGCUUCCUGGGAUUCCCACCCCAGCUCCAGCUCCGUGCGUUGCCCUCUCAAGGGCUACCCCGGGGACUCUGACUCUGCACACACUGCCCAGCCUCCUAGGCUGUCUUCUGAGGUCUGGGUAGAAGCCUCCAGGAGCCUGUAAUUCUUGCAUUCUACUUUCUUGUGAAACCAUCACCGCAUGGACAGUGACAAGGUCUCCCAGUAGCACAAGCUGCAGUCCACAACCGCAGUGCCCUCUGAAGGCCUGGCUGGCUGAGUGUGGGGAACCCUUCCCCGGUGGUGUGGAGUAAGCACAGUCCCGGAGACUCUCUGCAAAGCUGAGUCUUCCAAGGCUUACACUUGUAUACCCUCAGACUUGCACCAAGCAGAGUCUGGCCAAUUCCUGAGAUUCCGUCAAGGUAUCUUUCCUAUUAUCCCAGUGCAAAAUACUUGGCUUCUUUUUAACAUCACUAAUCUCUUCAGAACACACACCUUCUUUGGCCUCAAUUUUACCUAUGCUUUUCUGCCCAAUCUGCAAGCUUUUCUAAUCUUCCUGGCCUGCUUUCUGCUCCCAAUUUUCACUGUAAUCUAGCUAAAAGCA